UGUAAAUGGAGCGCUAUUAUACAGAGAGGAUAUAUAAAGGACUAUUCCACACCAAAAGGCUAUCCCAGCCAAGAGCUCCACAAACCUGCAACUUGAUUCCUUACUCAAGUCAGGAGGAACACACCGCUUCAUCAUGUCCAUCACAGAUAUACUCACUGCUGCAGACAUCGCCUCUGCUGUGUCCCAGUGCUCUGCCGUCAAUUCUUUCUGCCACAAGAAAUUUUUCACAACCUGUGGUCUCUCCAAGAAGAGUGAGACUGAUGUCAAAAAGGUUUUCAAGGUGCUUGAUCAAGAUCAAAGUGGGUACAUUGAGGAUGCUGAGCUCAAGCUGUUCCUCCAGAGCUUCUCCACAGGUGCCAGAGAACUGACUGAAGCUGAGACCGCAGCUUUCCUGAAAGCUGGAGAUGAAGAUGGUGAUGGCAUGAUUGGAGCUGAUGAGUUCUGGAAACUGGUGUCAGCAUAAACCAUUGAAGACCAAGAUAAGUGGAACAGAUUUUUCAUGGCUGAAGUUCGACACGUCCUGUAAAAACGUUGCACAUUGCAUGAGGCACAGAUUAUUUAUUUGUACAUUUUUAUAGUCAAAUAGCACUGGCGAAAUGCCUGUACAUUGUACUUGUUGGAUGAAAUACAAUACAAUACAAGAUUGCAGCCAACAGACAUUUCAGCCUUUGUUUUCAAUGUCUUAAUUUUUAUAGAAGGUGCCGUAUGGAUUGAACUAACCCAGAUGAAACAUUUGUAAAUUGUGGUUAGAAGGAGGAAAUCAAGAAUAAAACAGUUUGGCAAAGUC